AUGGCCGCCGCCGCCGCGCUCCUCCUCUCGCCGUGGCUCGUUUCUCUCCCACCUCAACCGAGCCUCGCCCCCGGCUUCACCAAGAGACUAACUCCCUACCCCUCCUAUCCCCUCCUCGGCCGCCGCGGCGCGAGGCUCCGGGCCGUCGGGGACGGGCCUGGCUCGGGGCUGCCCGACCAGGCCACGGUCUACAACGGCGCCUACGGGCCCUGGACCGUGGAGGACUCCGACGUCCGCGAGGUGCUGCUGUACCGGUCGGGGCUGGUGACGGCGGCGGCGUCCUUCGUGGCCGCGGCCUCCGCGGCGUUCCUGCCUGAGGGCAACCCCGCCGCCGGCGCCGGCGCGGCCGACCUCCUGUACGCUGCCGGCGCCGGCGCUCGGGGCUGGGCCUGUCGCUGCUCCUCAUCCACAUCUACGUCACCCCGAUCAAGCGAUUCCUCCAGGCGCUGUGGGCGGCCGGGGUGCUCGGCUCCCUCGGGACCUACCUCGUCGCCGCCCGCCCGCUGGACGAGGGCCUCGUGCAGUACGUGCUGGAGCACCCCGCCGCGCUGUGGUUCGUCGGCCCCACGUUUGCCGCGCUCACUGGCCUCGUCUUCAAGGAAGUUUGUUAUACAUUGUAGUGUUAUCCAAUUUGUCGAUUAUGCUGACAGUAAUGCAUCCACAGGUCUCUGCUAUGGAAAAUUGGAAGCUGGCAUCUUAACGUUUGUUAUCCCUGGGCUGCUUCUUGGACAUUUGUCUGGUUUAAUGGAUAACAGCACAAAGACAACCCUUUUAGGAGUGUGGAUGCUUCUUUUCAUGGUUUUCGCAGCUAGAAAGUUCCAGCAGCCCAUCAAGGACGACAUUGGGGACAAAUCUGUUUUCAUGUUCAACGCACUCCCUGAAGAGGAAAAGAACGCUUUGAUCCAGAAACUCGAGAGGCAAAAGGCACAGCAGCAGUUUGAGUAG